GAGCCCCGCCGGGAGCAUGGUCCGCUCCCCGCCGCUGCCGCUGCUGCUGCUGCUGGGGCGGCCGCUGCUCGGGCAGCCAGGGCAGGGCGCAGACACCUGGUCCCGCUUCGCCCGGCUGCCCUACCCGCAGGACCAGCUCUUCCUCCACGACACCUUCCCCGACGGCUUCCUCUGGGGGGCGGGCAGCGCCGCUUACCAGACGGAGGGCGGCUGGCGCCAGGGCGGCAAAGGCCCCUCCGUCUGGGACACCUUCGCCCACCGCCCGGCCACGCCGCCGGGGUCCGCCGCGCCGGGGCCGGCGGGCGGCGACGUGGCCAGCGACAGCUACAACAACCUCUUCCGCGACACCGAGGGGCUGCGGCGCCUGGGGGUCUCCCACUACCGCUUCUCGCUGGCCUGGGCCCGGCUGCUGCCCAACGGCACUGCGCCCCUCAACCCCGCUGGGCUGGCCCACUACCGCCGGCUGCUGGGCCGCCUGCGGGAGCUGGGCAUCGAGCCCGUCGUCACCCUCUACCACUGGGACCUGCCGCAGGGUCUGCAGGACGCCUUUGGCGGCUGGGCCAGCCCCGUGCUGCCCCAGCUCUUCUGCGACUAUGCCGAGCUCUGCUUCCGGCAUUUCGGCGGGCAGGUGCGCUACUGGCUGACCAUGGACAACCCCUACGUGGUGGCCUGGCACGGCUAUGGCACGGGGCGGCUGCCACCCGGCGUGCAGGGUGGCCCAGGCCUGGGCUACCGGGCGGCCCACCACCUGCUCCAGGCCCAUGCUAAAGUCUGGCAUCUCUACAAUGACCAUUUUCGUCCAACUCAAAGAGGAAAAGUGUCCAUUGCCCUUAGCUCCCACUGGAUAAAACCUCAACGUAUGUCUGAAAAAAACAUAAAAGAAUGUCAAAAAUCUCUUGAUUUCGUGCUCGGCUGGUUUGCUAAGCCCAUAUUUAUUGAUGGUGACUAUCCAGAGAGCAUGAGGAGUAACCUCUCAUCUCUAUUGCCCGAAUUCAGUGAAGUUGAGAAGAAGUAUAUCAAGGGAACAGCAGACUUUUUUGCUCUUUCUUUUGGAGCUACUCUGAGUUUCCAGCUCUUGGACUCCCACAUGAAAUUCCAGCAGUUGGAGUCAAUAAGCCUGAGGCAGCUCCUUUACUGGAUAAGCAGUGAAUAUAACAACCCCCAAAUAUUCAUUGUGGAGAACAGCUGGUUUGUUUCUGGUAGCACCAAGAGAGAUGAUGCCAAAUACAUUUACUAUCUCAAAAAGUUCAUUAUGGAAACUUUAAAAGCCAUCCGGUAUGACGGAGUUAAUGUGUUUGGCUACACAGUCUGGUCCCUCCUGGAUGGCUUUGAAUGGCACAGGGGAUACAGCAUUCGACGUGGAUUGUUUUAUGUUGAUUUUCAAAGCCAUGACAAGAAGUUGAUGCCCAAAUCUUCUGUCUUGUUCUAUCAAAAGCUGAUAGAAAAAAAUGGAUUCCCACCUUUGCCUGAAAACCAGCCCAUAGAAGGGAUUUUCCCCUGUGGCUUCGCUUGGGGAAUUGUUGACAGCUACAUUCAGGUAGACACAACACCCGCCCAGUUUCUUGACUCUAAUGUUUAUGUGUGGGAUGUUCACCAGACGAAGAAGCUUAUUAAAGUGGAUGGAGUUUUCACCUCGAAACGCAAGCGUCACUGCGUUGACUUUGCUGCUAUCAGGCUUCAGAUCUCUCUUCUGCAGGAAAUGCAUGUCACACACUUCCAUUUUUCACUGAAAUGGUCUUUAAUCCUUCCUUUAGGUAAUCUUUCUCUGAUCAACCACACACUCGUACAUUAUUAUCAGUGUUUUGCUAGUGAACUUCUCAGAGUUAAUAUAACUCCUGUUGUUGCUUUAUGGCAACCUAUGACCGAGAACCAAGAGCUUCCAGUUUCCCUUGCCAAAUACGGAGCUUGGGAAAACCCAGAAACUGUUCAGGCUUUUGUUGAGUAUGCCAAAUUCUGCUUUACAAGUCUUGGGGACCAUGUCAAAUUUUGGAUCACAAUGAAUGAACCGUCAGUGAAAAACUUGACAUACACUGCAGGACACAACCUUUUGAAAGCCCAUGCAAAAGCAUGGCAUCUUUAUGACAAAGAAUUCAGGAGAUCUCAGAAGGGUAAGAUAUCUAUAGCUCUGCAAGCUGACUGGGUAGAACCAGCUUGUCCCUUUUCCAGGAAUGACCAACAAGUUGCUGACAGAAUUUUAGAGUUCGACAUUGGCUGGCUUGCAGAGCCCAUCUUCGGAAAUGGUGACUACCCACAAGUGAUGAGAGCAUGGCUUCACCAAAGAAAUAGUGUUGACCUGUAUAAUUUCCACUUGCCUUAUUUCUCAGAAGACGAAAAGAAGUUAAUCCAGGGCUCAUUUGAUUUUUUUGCCUUGAGUCACUACACUACUACCCUUGUGGGCUGGGAGAAAGAAGAUGCACUAAAAUAUGACCACUAUCUUGAAGUUCAAAUGAUCAAUGACAUCACAUGGCUGCACUCCCCCAGCAGAGCUGCAGUAGUGCCCUGGGGACUGCGUAAAUUGCUCAAGUGGGUUAAAGCAAAGUAUGGCGAUGUCCCAAUUUAUGUUAUGGCUAAUGGAAUUGAUGAUGACCAGAAUAUGGUGCAUGAUAAGCUCAGAGUGUAUUACAUACAGAAUUACAUCAAUGAAGCUUUAAAAGCUUACACCUUGGAUAACGUUAACCUGCAAGGAUAUUUUGUCUAUUCUUUUAAUGACAAGACUGCUCCUAAAUAUGGUCUCUACAGUUACAUUGCAAAUCAAUAUGAACCAAAGCCUUCUAUGAAACAUUACAGAGAAAUAAUCGACAAUAAUGGUUUUCCUGGUCCUGAAACUCCUGAGCUGAUCUGCCCCGAAGAGAUUGCCUCGUGUCCUGAAUGCCACUUCUUCCGAACCAGAAAAUCAUUAUUAGCCUUUAUCUCUUUCAUAUUUGUUGCUUUUAUUGUUACUAUAUUCUUCAUUACUUACUACUCCAAGAGGGUCGAAAGAAGGUAUAAAUAGAGCUGCCUCUUUGAAUACAUCACUCAUUGCCCUUUCUCUUGCAUCCCCUUGGGAAAUCUGAGAUAAGAGAGCACAAGGUUGUGAUUUUUUUCAGCACUAGGAAGGCAUUUACAUUGCCUGAUACUGCAGGACAUUGACACUGAGAAGAGGUUGCUAGCAUAUGGCUUCCAGAAAUCAUCUUCUCUGGUUUAGUACAUUUGGUUUAUGACUAGUCCUUAAUUCCUGUGGUUGGAGUUAUCUGACAACUUUCCCUGGGACUUUUUGUUGAACAGAUGCUUUCCUCUCCUUGGUUUUCCCUCGCUGAGUUGGACAGGUAUAAGCAUGUUUUGAAGACAUGGAGUGAUGGAAGAGCCUGAACGUCAAAUUCUCCAAGAGAAGAUUGGGGAGAAACAAAAUGGUUUACUUUUCCACAUUAGGAUUUAAUGCUGAUGUUGCGAGAUCAGAGCCAAUGCCUGACUGGAGCAGGGAACGUGACUGAGCAGAGAUGGAGGAGAAUUGCACAAAGAAGCGCCGGGGGAAAGGACACCUCCUUUCCUCAAGCAGAUGCAGCUGGAAGAACAGGGGCAAACAAGUCUAUGCUGCUGGGAGCUCUUGGUAAAUCACUUACCUACUACUCAGGUUGCUGAUGGCUGCAUCUGACUUCAGGAUGUCAUUGGGGAACUUCAGCUAAACUGUGUCUUUCUCAGUGGGGAAAGCAGCAGGGGUAUGUCCAGGGGCGGCAGGGGUCAUGCCAUCUGAUGGGAAGAGAUGGAAAGGCGAAAGCGCUUCUUUUUGAUUUGCUCAGUAAAAAAGCAGAGAGCAGGAACUGGGAUCUCAUUGCCGUCUCAGUUGUCAGAAAACUCUGUGCCUGACCCUGUGCCCUGUACCCAUGGACAUGGCAGGGCUGGGGCACCCCGUUGCACACAGCUGGCACUCUGCUGCUGCCCGGCUGCUUACCUGCUGGAAACUUGUGGGUAAUUUAGUAAGAUGGUCUCCGCAUGCUAUUUGUGUUGAGUGUGGAGAGUUUAAAUCCCAGCAUUUUGGUGUAAUAAUCCAGCACUUUAUUGCUGCUUUUGCCAAGGUCUGAGAUCUUGGAGCUGGUGCUCCAAGCCUCUUCCAGGUUGGCUGGAGGGUCUCCUUUGAGCAACUGGCUCUGGCCCUGGCAGCGUUUCAUCCCAAGGUAUUAUUGAACAUCUGCGGGCCUCUCAUUUUUCUCUCAGCAAGAUAAAUUAGCAAAAUAUUAGCAACGUUGUUUAUUAGCAGAAAUAGAGACUGGGGAAAAAACCCUACGUUAUUUUGCCUGCCUUGUGAAUCACCACACUAGGAGUGUCCUCGGUAUAAAGCAGUGAGGUCAUUUUUCUCCGCUCUCUAGGCCUGCGUUGCCUUCAGCUGUAAUUGUGUUUUUAUUGCUAUGUGAAUAAUGUCAGUCACUGGUAAGAAUAUUUUAAAGGAAAUGUGCUCUGUAUUAAUUAAGAAUUACUUAUCUACUAAAGCUGAUUAUACUGUAUUAAAUGUGAUGUUUAUCUACCAGAUGACUAGUAGAUGACUAAGUGACCUCCCAGGGUUCCUUUCAACCUGAAUAUGAUUCUGUGAUUCUAUACUUGUAAUUUAAAACUCAUAUAUGAAAUAUGAUUUUCAUUUGUAACUUAAGAUUAUAUUUUUUCUUAAAGAAUCUAUAGAAAUAGAAAAUAAUUAGUAUCUUAUCAUAAUGAUUAAUAUAUUUGUCCUUUAGUUCCAGUCUUAAAAUGGUGUCUCUUUGCACUAAUGUAUAUUUUUAGUAUUGAGAUUAAGGUGAAAUAUUCAGGGUAAGUGAUGAAAUAUUAAAAUAUAUAUAUAAAAAUUAUUUAUAACCUGAUAGGACUUGCUGAAGAAGAGCAAAUUUUAAACUGCUGUAUAUUUAUGCAUUGGUGCCUGACGCAGCAUGGAUUACAAAGAAACAGCUCUCCCUAAAUGUAUAAAAUGCCAAAUGGCUUUCUCCAUGGUGUGGCAAUCAAUGAAUCACCUUGCAAUACGUUAUUCCGGUAAUCAGACGCCUUCACAGUACAUAACAAAAAGUGACAUUCAUUAAUAAAAACUGUAUCCGGGUCAUGCCUAACUUGUAUGUUGUGUAUGUACGUUAUAAUUAUUUUGCUGCUGGUAAAACAAAAAGAGUGUGGAGCUGAUCUUUCUGCGAGGCCGAGCGUACGUGCCUCCCCUGGGUUUGAGGGGGUUCAGGGGGCCUGGGCAGGGCAAGUCCAGAGGAGCAUGGGUGCCGUGCUGGUGGGCACCAGCCCCAGCUGACACCUCACUCACCACUGACCACCCAGCCAGUUGCUGCCGUGGGCUAUUUAAUGGCCCAGCCAAAACGCAACGUGUGAAACAGCAGUCCGAGCAUGGAGGAGAGACUGCAGGCUCUUCCCGUAGAGGCUGGGUGAUAUGUAACCACCGACAGGCAGAUGGCACCAGCUGGAUAUCUAAUUUGUAGGUAAAUUGGGAUUUGUUGCUAUGAAGCUGUGCGAUCGUAUCCACUCAUGGUGCUGUGGCCCAUAGGAAUAACGCAGCCUUUGGCGCUCUUUCCUUCAGAAGAGGUUUUAAAUACCGCUGCAGAGCAGUGACCGGCUCGAGCCAGGCACAGCAGUUGCCAAAGUCUUCUCCUAAGCUGUCUGCCUGCGGCGCUGCCUGCGCGCAGCGAUGUGUAGCUCUCGGCAAUGAAGUGCUUAAUGAUGGGCCAGGGAAAAUACAGGCUGGUCUGAUGGAGAUAAUGGCAUGGUUUUGCCUCGGGAAUGUGCUUCAUUUUGUGUAAUCAAGGGCCAGCACGAGCUUCUUGUCAAUCUUCUUGACAAAAAAAUCACCCUCCACUAACAACAUCAAAGCCCUUGAAUAGGCAAAGAUGAGGUACCUGUCCAAGGAGAAGCGCGGUUUGCUCAUGCCAGCUGAUGCGGUAAUCACCUCCUGCGAUCAGGCUGUGGGCCGUGGGGCACUUCGAUACCCAUGUGUGAGCGAUGAUCUGGCGCUUCCCCAUCACCAUCUGUGCAUCCAGAGCAGAAAUGUCGGCAGUAGCAAGGACUUUGAGCAGAGGGGACUCCAUACUCGGGCUGCAAAGACAGCUCGGGGUAGGAUGGUUUUUUAUUUUCUGAAGAGCAACUGGAGUCAGCAUGUGAUGGAUGUUAACAUGCAGUAUCUUAUGUAGACUAGUUUCUUAAUUUUUAAGCAUGUUUCUAGAAUGAAAUGUUGCCAGUUUGCUCGAUGCUCCAGAUUAGACAUGUUGUAAAAUAAAAAAUUAUAUUUUUAUUCAAAAUAUUUUUGUGACGUGAGUGCAAAGCUUCUGUUUCAUUUCUUGAAAAGAUUGUGCGGCAUGACUUGGGAAGGAUGUCUCUGCUAAGCGAAAGAAUGUUAUAUUGUUUUUAUAACAAUCUCAGAAGUGAA